AUGGAUCGGCCCGUCUCUUCUCCCACGCAUUCGGUCGUCACCGGACUCGACAUCUACGGCGUCGCCGUCCGCGCCGUGUACAACGCGAUCAACAAGGAGGAGGAGAAGGGUCUGGUCCCUCGCAUACUCGUCCUCGAUGGUCUCGCGGCGCUCACGGCGGCUUACGUCGCUCGCAACCGCAACCUCGACUCGGGUUUCCUCCUUCUCGACCAUCCCCUGCCGGUCGAACUUGCGCCUGUCGAGCUGCGGUGCAAGGACAGUCGCAACGAGGCCGACCUCGAUCGCGAUAUGACCACGCCCGAGCAGUACAUCGCCCGGCGCCACAUCCUGGAGGGCGAGGACCGCACUCCCACGUGGCUUCGCCGCGGCCACCAGCGCUCCGGGUCGGGUCGGUCGGGCCAGUAG